GGUUCAAUACCAAAACAAAAAAAAAUGACAAAGAGUUUGAAUGAAUUGAGGUUAUGUUUAUGUUGUUACCGUUUUGUUAUUACACGGAAAAUGACGCGGUGAAAAUAUUUAUCAAUAUUAAUGGAUACCAAUGGAUCAAACAGACCAAACUGAUUUUAGUGAUUUACAAAAGGAGGAACGCUAUCAGAAUCUGGCGAAAAGUUUGAAAGUAACUCGUUUAAAAACAAAUGCAAAAUCACAAUUAAUUCCAUGGUCGAGUUGUUCCAGUAUAAACGGUGAUCCGUCAGAUGCGAAUUAUACAUUAGCUUCACAAUUCUCAAAGACUGGCAGUGAAAUUAUCACAUCGUCACGAAAUUUAAAAAAUCUCAUUCAUAAACGAUCGUGUUAUUCACCAAUGGCAACGUCAAGUGUCAAGAGAUUUUGUGUAAACGAAAAAAAUUCAAAUGAUAAAGAAAUUAUGCCGCCUCCAAGUUCUUAUGGAAUUCGAACACCUCUUAAGAGAACUGCUUCCGCGGAUCCUCCACAGGAACGAAGUAAAUUCUCCCGUCAAUCUACACAUGAUAACAAUCAUUUUUCUGAAGAAAAACAAACAACGCACUUUGAUUUAAAUUCGAGUAAAGAUUUCUCAGAAGGUCACGUCGGUGGUGCUUCUGAUUCACAAAGGGAGAAAAACAGCGAUCGACAUUUUCAUCGAUGGAGAGUUUUUCUCAAUGAUCGGGGAGAAUUAUUGAUUAAAGGAUUACUGAACAAUGAAAUAUGGGCUCGCAGUAAACCAGUUGCAGAAAUGCUGUCACCGACAAAAUUGAAAUCGAAAUAUCAGCACACGUACUAUCUUCACGGGAAUAUAAUCGAUGAAAAGAAUGAAUUACCAAAAUAUAUUUACCAGAAAUUCUAUAAUGGAUUUCCCGACGAUUGGCGAAAUGUUCAUGUAAUAUGGAAAAAGUUCGUCGCUCAGGGAUGCGGUGAAAAUUUUCGCUGGCCAAUGGACGUUAAUUACAGUGAUGAUGAUCUAAACAGUGAAAUAACAGAUAUUACUCAUAUGCAAAAAACAGAAAAGAAAUUCCAAGAAUUGAGUUCCAUGGAGAAAUCGACACCUCAACGAUCAUCUGGUUACAGUUCUGAUUUUCCGCAUGAAAGAGAAACAACAAAAACUAUCGAUAAAGCCCGAAAAAAUCAAUCAAUGGGAAAUAAUUUUACAGUAAUUACCGAAGAAUUCAGCGAAAAAGAAAAUAGAAGUCCACACGAAUCUCGAAAUCAGACAAAUAUGACUAUGGAUACUUCAUGUUCGGGAAAAUUAUACACAGCACUACAUUACGCUCUAAGUUUAAAAGAUAUUAUUUUCGAAAAUAAACUCACAUUCAUAACACAAAAUUUACUGCAUGAAAAAUGUCCCAAGGAAUACGUUCAAUGUGUGAGUAGAACAAUUAGAGAUUUGAAUAAUAUUCUUUCCGUUAAAAUUGGCGAUCAAGAUGAAAAUACCUUAAAAAAGUUCAUGGACAAUCUUCGCACGAAAGAUUCAGAAAAUUUUACUCCAGCUUCUUCUUUAGCACAAGACGACGAUUAUACAUCCAGAAUUGAUGAAUGCGAGGCAAAUAGUGAAAAACUCACAAAAAAUAAUUCUAACGAUAUUAAUGAGAAAUUGAUGAGACAAAUUAUAACCGAUAAAAUAGUACAAGAAAAUGAUACUGAAGGAUUGAGCAAAAAUAAAAAUAAAGAGUAUGCAUUAAAUUCCAAUAUCGAGAAGAAUUUAAAUUUAAAUUUUAAUGCUAAAACAAAAACCCAAGAAACAGAUUCCGAAAGUGAAAUAUAUGCCGGUGUGCCUAAAAUAUCGGAGAAAAUAUUACAAUCGAAAAUUUAUCACAAACGACAGAGAAGAAUUGACACUAACGGAAAAAGUAGAAUACGAAGCACUAAUAAAGAAUCUAAAAAUGAUUUACACUACGAUUCAAGUGUUAGUAUUCUCGAGGAUGAAUUUCAUAAAAAUACCACAGAUAACGAGAGGAUUGUACGAGUAGAUUCGAAGAAUUUGAAGACCACUGGAAAUCAUUCAAAAGUCGAUGAUUUCAUAAAAGAAAGAAGAGCUGAUCCACUAAGAGAAAAUCACGUUAUUGAUAAUAAUAAAAGUUCCAGUAAAAUUCCCCUUUUCUCCAAAUUGCCAAAUACAAAUAACGAUAAUAAAAAAUUAAUCGUCAAUAAGGAAAAUAUAGAAGACGAUAAUGAUACUUUUCAACGAAGAGAGGACUAUUCAGAUUCUACGCAACGUAAGGAAAUACAAAAUCAAAAACCAAUAAUUACAAAUACGGAAAAUGUGAAUUUUCAUAAUUUUAAAAAACCUCAAAAUCCAACAAUUGAACAAAAUCCACAUGUUUUGAAACAAUCUCAAGUUAGACAGAAUCAAGAAGAGAAAAUUGGGGAAAUUGGUAAAAAUUCAUCUCAAGAUACUUUUGGUUCUGUGGAGAAUCCGAAAAUUUUGACAAAUUGGAUACCACUCGUUACAUUCGUUGGUAAUAAGUGUCAACUCGUUUUUGAAGGAACUUUGUUGAACUCGGUUGGUCAAUUGAUGAAAAAGAAAUUAACUACAAGUCAAGUUGUAAAACGAAUUUCUACUUCCACGAUCGAGACAUCAGAUCAUCAAUUUUAUAAACUACUUGGGGAGAUUAGUGUCAAAAAACAUGUUGUGCCCAAGGAACUUUUGCCUCAUUGCAGAACUGGAUGCCCAGUGAACAUUGAUCAAUUUUGUUCGUCGUGGUUAAAAUUGAGAGGAGAAAAUAAUUUAGUCACGGAACGUGCACAAAACUCUGACGAUGAAAAAAAAUAUGUUCCAAUCAGUUCUCGUGGCAGGAAUAUUCGAUCUCCUAUGAAAUAUUGGUCAGGUGAGCGUAAUUGCAUGAAAGAUGGAGAUAUCGUUUACGUGUCGGGUGAUCCAAAGGAAAAAUUUGUGACUUCCACAAAUGAUAGUCCACAAAAAAAUCGGAGGUCAUCGGAACAUGUAACCACUAAUGAAACAGCCAAGGGUGUUUUGCAUUCGACAGAGAGACGUCACGCUAAAAAUAAAGUCGCUCAAAAAUUAAAAUUUGUCUCAAGCGAAAGCGAAGAAGAACAAAAAGACAAAGACAAUAACAAGCAUAAAUCUCAUUUCUAUGCAUUCAGGAAAAGACAAAAAAUUUCUUAUCAGGAUUAUGACGACGAUGAAAAUUAUCCCAUCAUUCAAAAGGGAACAGAAAAACCGAAACAAAUGCAAAGAGGAAGAAAUUCUGGACCUAUGAUUCAUUUGACUUAUGAGAAAAAAACUGGAAAAGAAGAUAUAACAUUAUCAGAUGAUCAAAUUUCGGUUAUUUGAAAAUUUUUUGCAAUUUUGAUUAAUUAAAUUUGUAAAUACAAAAUAAUAAUGAUUACAAUUAACAUUUUUUUAAGUGUUGAUUAUUUAAUUAAGUUUUCGUAAAUAUAUUAUAAAUAUGUGUAUAUUCGUUUAAUUAUAAGGAAUGUUUAAAGAAAAUUAAAUAA